AUGAAGCAGAAGGACGGAGACGACAGACAAACAAUCAAGAAGGUAGAAAUACAACAACGGGUCAGAAGCAGGAGGAAACAAGACGACAAAGUCGACAAAGAUAGAAUAAAGAACAUGAUAAAGGAGGAUAUUCCAGGAGAGAGAGGAGUACAAGGCAUGCAAACAGAGCUGAAGGCAGACCAACAGCGUUUAUGUCCCGAGACUGACGCAGUGGGCACGUCCCCCAAGCCAGGUGAAAAUCAUCUGCGUCAAGGGACAGAAGAAGGAGAUUUCACAACAGAAGCAGAUUGGAAACUGACGGAUCAGGACAUCUCGUUCAAGAGAAAGAGAGGAAAAGCGCACAAGGCCCACAGGAAAGAACCGCAACCCAGGAGUAGGUGUAGCCGAGAGACAAAAGGAGGCUCCUGGAAACGACACGACCAGAGACGAGCUAAUUACGUUAGGAACCGACAAACCACAACCAGAGGAGGAAGAGACCAUCAACCCCAAAAGAAUGCGGCAACCCACCGAACCCAAGGCCGAGAUAAGGAAAACCCCCCGAACCAAAAAGACGAAAUAAGAAGUGGAAGAGGAGCGGAAAAGAGAAAAAGAGAGCAAUCAAGGCAGAACAGAUUGCGCACAGAGCAAAACUCUGAGAAGACAAGUGAGGCGAGGGGCCAGAACAGAGGGACGCCCCUGAGGAAUAACGCAGGAGAGGCAAAAUUUAGAGUCCAAGAUGAACAGACAGCACUAAUACAGCCCACGUCCGACGGCAAUCGCACAGGAGGGGACAGCCACGUUGGGGCAAGAUUCAAGACCGAAGAGUAG